AUGUCGCUGAUACCGUGGAGGAUGGGACGAGUGCUGGUGUGGGAUGCAACCUGUGUGGACACACUGGCCCCGUCUCAUCUUCACGGUACCACUAAGAAAGCGGGCGCGGCUGCAGAGGCUGCAGAGACGCAUAAAAGACGUUAUAUACGCGAGUUAGCUGAAAAAGUGUUGUGUGCGGCUCAGGUGACGGAACUUCAACUUCGGAUUGCUAAAUUGGAAUGUGUUUACAACACGUAUGAUGAAAUUCAAACCAAGUUGGAGUACAUGGCAGAGGAUGACGAGGCCCAGUUAGACGAGAGGUCUGAGUUCGAGGAUUUAUACUACUCGUCAGUCGCGGCGGCUAAGGAAUUGGUAACCAUGCAUUCCAAGGUCGCGCCUAGCGAUGGGGGUUCCGACAACAAUACGCGGCGCCAUCCACAUGUAAAAUGUAAGUUACCUACCAUUUCUUUACCGAAGUUUGGAGGCUCGUAUGAUACAUGGCUUGAGUUUCGUGACACAUUCGAUAGUUUAAUUAAUAAUGACGACUCCAUUGAUGAUGUAAAUAAGUUUCAUUAUCUGCGGGCUUCAUUAGUAGGAAGUGCCGCGAUAAUUGUACAAUCCUUAGCCUUAUCUAGUAGUAACUAUAAAAUAGCCUGGCAGUUAUUAUGCGAUAGGUACAAUAACAAGCGGUUAUUGGUGAAUAAUCAUAUUAAGGCCAUAUUUAAUUUAACCCCAAUUACCAAGGAGUCGCCGACAGCUAUUAGGCAUCUUAUAGAUACGAUAUGUAAAAAUAUACGUGCGUUAGCGACCCUUGAUGAACCAACCACCCAUUGGGAUACAUUAUUAGUUUAUAUAAUAUGUCAAAAACUUGACAAUGUUACUAGACGAGAGUGGGAGGAGUUUGUGCCUAGUUGCGAAACAGUUACUUUCGAUGCUAUCAUACAUUUCCUCAGCGACCGUGCGGAUCUAUUGGAAACCAUGGCGAUGGACGGGCCCGGGCGCCGCGCGUCCUGGCCGCUCGCCGCUCGCGCCGGCGCUGCCUCCGCUGCGCACGCGCGCUCCGCUGUGCGACAAGUUAAGGAAAAGUGUUUCGUAGGACUAGAUGAACGUCAAACUAAUACUGAGCGCACCAAAUGGAGGCAAGCCAAGGGUCAACUUGCAGUCGACACCAUGGUCGUUAUUAAGGACGACAACCUGCCUCCAUUAAAAUGGAAGCUCGGCAGAAUCGUCAACGUCAUUCCUGGAUCCGAUGGCAUCAGUCGCGUGGCCGACAUCAGGACGUCAUCCGGGAUCAUCCGUCGUGCGUUCAGCAAGAUAUGUCCACUACCAGUCGACAAUGCUGGAAACAUGAACCCAUUUGCUAAUACAUUUGGAAACGAGUUUCAGGAUGGAAUCUGCCGAAUUAAAAGAAGUAUCGCGGAUGCUGUGUCCAAACGCCGCCCAGACGACGACGUGGCGCUACCCGUCUUCGACCCGGCCACAAGCGACAACGGUGCAGAGACGUGGUACAACAACAUCGCCGAGCUUACCAAGGAGUUCUGA